GGGGGCCGCGUUCUUCGGCCCGCACCCCGUCCCAGGCCGGCACCCAGCCAUCUAGCAACACUCUCCGUUCCGCCUGUUUUGCCUCCUUCUCGCUUCGGUCACACAGCGUUCACACGGAUAUGACGUCCCCCUCUCAAGAAGACCGGGGCCGCUCGCGGUCUCGCUCGCGGUCUCGCUCGCGGUCGCCCGACGACGUCGAGCGUGAGGGCCGCUGGGGCUCGCGUUCGCGCUCGCGCUCCGGAUCACGGUCUAUGUCGCGGUCGCGGUCUCGGUCGCGGUCCUUGUCGCGGUCGCGGUCUCGCUCCCGCUCCAUUUCCCCAUCUCGCCGUGAUGUUCGCUCGCGGUCGCACUCUCGCUCCCUUUCGAGGUCGCGUUCCCGUUCCCGGUCGCGGUCCAUGUCCCCGCGCCGGGGUCGGUCGCGGUCCCGCUCCUUCUCGCGGUCGCGGUCGCGGUCGCGUUCUCCGGGCAUGCGCACCCGGUCGCCGGGCCGCCGGUCUCGGUCCCGGUCUCGGUCUCGGUCCCGGUCCCGGUCCCGGUCUCGGUCCCGGUCGCCCGAGCCGGUCACCAAUUGCAAGCGUGUCAUUGUCCAUGGCAUCUCGCGCAACGUCCUGCGCGCGCACCUGAUGGAGAUUUUCUCCGAGUAUGGCACCGUCUCCUCGAUUGAUAUUCCUUCUGACAAGCCCGGCCUUCACCGUGGCCUCGGCUACGUUGUCAUGGAGACCCACGAGCAGGCCCUUGAGGCCAUCUACCAUAUGAAUGGCGCUCAGAUCGAUGGUAUGGUCGUCACGGUAUCCCUGUCCCCGGUCAUCGGCAAGCGCGGUGGCGGUGGCAGCGGCGGUGGUAACGGCAACAAUGGUGGUGGCAAGCGUGGCCGCCGGACUGGCUCCAGCCGGCGCAACCGUCGCUAAAAGCUCCUUCGCCCUGUGGUUUCAUUCCUCGAAUAAGUUCCCUGGCAUGGGGGUACCCCUUCCUGGGUGGUUGUAUCCCCAAGUUUCGCUCGCUUGCUCUCUCUUCCUGUCUCUCUCUCUCUCUCUCUCUGU